UUUGAACUUUAAAAAAAUAGGUACACAAUAACGCUGUCCUUGUUUGAGUUCAAAAGAGUGUUCUGGCUGUUUUGCUGGCAUUUUGGUUGGAGGCAUCAUGGGGAGAACUGUGGUGCAAAUCACCCUCAUUGGACUCCUGCUGGCUUUGGCUUCCACACUGCCAAACAAGGAUGACUGGGACAUCUACAGCUUUCACAUCAACUCCACAGUGACCAGUCGUUAUGCCACCACUGUCAUCACAAGCCGUGUGGCCAAUCGUAUGAACGAGUCAAAGGAAAUUGAAUUCCAUGUUCGGAUUCCCAAGAAUGCCUUCAUCAGUAAAUUUCGAAUGUUUAUCGAUGGCCAAGUUUAUGAUGGUGUUGUGAAAGCUAAGGAGCAAGCUCAGCAGCAGUACACUGAAGCUGUGUCACGUGGUGAAAGUGCUGGACUUGUCAGUUCUGUAGGAAGGACUCUGGAGGAAUUUAAGACCUCUGUAACUGUGGCUGCUCACAAAAAGGUCACUUUUGAACUCACAUAUGAGGAAUUAAUGAAACGCACACAUGGCAAGUACGAGCUGCAAAUUCAUGCUCAACCCAUGCAGCCUGUCAGAGACUUCAAGGUGGAUGUGCACAUUCACGAAGAAGCUGGCAUUAGUUUCAUCGAUGUGAAAGGAGGCCUGAGCACCAAAGCCCUCGCUAAUGCCAUCACCAAAACACAUGCAGAUAAACAGGCGUGGGUGUAUUUCUAUCCAACAGUCGACCAACAGAAAAUGUGUGACAGCUGUGGAGAUCAGGGUAUGAAUGGAGAUCUGGUUAUUGUUUAUGAUGUUAACAGGGAUAAUGGACUGGGACACAUCAAGAAAGCUGACGGGUACUUUGUUCAUCAUUUUGCUCCAUCUGAUCUUCCUCGGAUACCAAAAAAUGUCGUCUUUGUUAUUGAUCAAAGUGGCUCAAUGCAUGGCAGAAAAAUUGAGCAGACGAGGAUCGCAUUACUCCACAUUUUGAAUGAUCUGGCAGAAGAUGAUCACUUUGGUCUGAUCACUUUUGAUGACAGAAUUUCUUACUGGAAGCGGAAACUCGUUCAGGCCAACAGCAAAAACCUGGAAAGUGCCAAAAACUUUGCACGCAAUAUUCAAGACAGAGGAUCCAAAGACAUAAAUAAAGCAGUGUUGCAAGGAGCACGUAUGCUGAAUGCACAUAACAGAGAAGGUUCAGCAUCUAUCCUUAUACUCCUCACAGAUGGAGACCCAACCUCAGGGGUGACAAAUCUGGAGAAAAUCCUGUCAAAUGUAAGACAGGCUAUUGCAGGCAAAUUCCCACUGUACUGUCUUGGUUUUGGUUUUGAUGUUAAUUUUAAUUUCCUUGAGAAAAUGUCGCUGCAAAAUAACGGUGUGGCACGGCGGAUUUAUGAAGACUCUGAUGCUGAUUUACAGCUGAAGGGUUUCUAUGAAGAGGUGGCCACACCUCUACUGACAGAUGUGACAAUGAUCUAUGUUGGUGGGACCAAUCUAACCCAGACUAACUUCAGUCACUAUUAUAAUGGUUCUGAGAUUGUGGUGGCUGGUGAGAUCACAGAUAAUAACAUUGAAACCUUCACCCCUCAAGUUGUGGCCAUUUCAAGUAAUAGAAGAAUAAUAUUCUCUAACCCAAAUGAAACUGUGGAAUCCACUGGAACAGUGUCUGAUGACCGUAUCCAGAGGGUUUGGGCAUACCUCACAGUUAAACAGUUACUAGACAAAGAGCUUCAAUUAUCUGGACCUGAGAAAGAGAAAGUGAAGAAGGAAGCUAUGGAGCUGUCACUGAAGUACAGCUUUGUGACUCCUCUCACAUCUAUGGUGGUCACAAAGCCUCCAGGAGAGAACACAGAUGUGCUUCAUAAACCCAAGGAAGGUGAAACAUCACAGAGAUGGCAGUCGGAAGGAGGUCAAUCCAUUUUAGUUCACCUUCCUCCUGCUAUUGGUCACGGGAUCAGUGGGGCUCUUUCUGCUCAUCAUUUUGAUCCUACGGUUAGGUUCCAAGUUUACGCUGUGCCGAUUAGGUCCCGAGUUUACUAUGCAGCUCCUCUUCUCCACAGGUUUUUGCUCAACUCAACUGGGAAUCAGACUGUUCCACUCUGCUUUGACAUCAGUGGAGCUAUAAUCCUUAAACUAUUUCACCACCCCAGCAGAGACCUGUCUGUUAAUGGUGAGCUAGAUUCAAUUGCAAACGGAGGUUUCAGCAAAAUUUUUAUUCACCUCAAAACUCACCAGCAUGUUGAGGUUGACGCUGAAUCACAGAGGGUCAUUGUACGAGAUGGACAGACAGUGACAUAUCAAGCAGCUGGACAGGAUCCCUCGACAGUUGGCAGUGUGACAGUGACUGUGCGAGACACUGAAAUUCACAUUGCAGCUGAAGACAUUCUCCUGGUCAUCUCACAACAUGAGAAAAAUGGCCAAAGACUCCUUUGGCCAGUUUUAAGACAGCAACCCUCAACCAACAACACCAAAGGACUUUUAGCUGUAAAGCCAGCAGUGUAUGAGGUGGUGCAGCAAGUUCCUGUCACAAAACUAAAGAUUAAAAACCAAGAGAUAGAUGUUACAAGUGACAACGCUACUGACUACAGCAUCGACCCUCCUGUCACAAAGAACUGCUGGCUUAUGUCUGCUGACUCUGCCCUGCAGAGACCACUGGCAGAUUUUUUUGUGGCACAACUUUAAGUGUGAACUAUGCUGAAUUACUAGAAAAAGGUUUAAAAGUAGAGGAAUCAUUAUUAUUAUUAUUAUUAAUGAUAAUAAUAAUAAUAAUAUUAUAAUAAUAAACUUAUUGUGGAAAAUGCCCUUCCACCUGUUAAAAUGAACAAAUAAAGUAUCCCAGAUUGCAGAAUGA